GGGUAAAAAGGUGACGGCGGGGUGAAGAUAACAUCAAACGCAGAGGUGUGCCGUGGCGCGCGCCGGUGUGUGCACGUGUCUGUUUCUCCUCUUCCUCCCUCACUCCCUCCCUCCUCCUCCUCCUGCUCCUCCUCAGCGUGGAGGUGCGGGGCCACUACUGGCUGUGCGGUUGCGGCACUGGAUGGAUGUGAGGAGCAUGUGUGCGGGUGAGGGAGCCUCGGGCGGCGCACACGGAGGGAAAUAACCAGAAUCCCUUUUUUUUUUUUUGGGUGCUUUUUGUAUUUAAGUUUUUCAUUUUUUUAUUUUAUUUUUGUUUUGCCAACCCACCGGCCGAUCGGUCACCUCCAACAGGGCGAGAUGUCAAACUCCAACAAAAGCAAGAAGGACAAAGAAAUCCUGGCCGAAUACGAGAGCCAAGUGAAAGAUGUGCGGACCCAGUUGGUGGAGCAGCAGCGCUGCCUGGAGCAGCAGACGGAGAUGCGGGUCCAGCUGCUUCAGGACCUGCAGGACUUCUUCAGGAAGAAGGCCGAGAUUGAAACGGAGUAUUCCAGAAACCUGGAGAAGCUCGCGGAGCGGUUCAUGGCCAAAACACGCAGCACAAAAGAUCAUCAGCAAUACAAAAAGGACCAGAAUCUGCUUUCUCCAGUCAACUGCUGGUACUUGUUGUUAAACCAGGUGAGGAGGGAGAGCAAAGACCACGCCACCCUCAGUGACCUCUAUCUGAAUAACGUCAUCAGCCGCCUGACGCACAUCAGCGAGGAUUCGGCUCGUCUCCUGAAAAGGAGUAAGGAGAUCCUCCUGCAGCUUCAGGAAGACCUCAUGAAGCUCCUUAAUGAGCUUUACACGGUGAUGAAGACGUAUCACAUGUACAACGCGGAGAUGAUCAGCGCGGAGGCCAAGCUGCGCGAGGCGGAGCGCCAGGAGGGCCGCGUGAAGGGCGUGUCGGGAACCGGCGGAGGGGUGGAGCCUGUGUUCGGCCUGCGGAUAGAGGAACGCCACCAGAGGCGCAACGCCGCCCGCAAGAUGGAGAAGAUGAGAGAGAAGAGGAAGGCAAAGUAUUCAGAGAACAAACUGAAGACUCUGAAGGCGAGAAAUGAGUAUUUACUGACCCUGGAGGCUACCAAUGCCUCCGUGUUUAAAUACUACAUCCACGAUCUGCCCGACAUCAUCGACUGCUGUGACUUAGGGUACCACUCCAGUCUGAGCCGGGCUCUGAGGACCUACCUAUCCGCCGAAUUGAGCCUUGAAGCCUCCAGGAGGGCGGGCCUGGAGGUCCUGGAGGGGGCUGUGGAGAACCUGGACCCCGCCCGCGACCGGCAGCGUCUCCUGGGCCUCUACCCCACUGCCUUCUGCCCGCCUCAGCGCUUCGGCUUCCAGGCGCACAUGGGUGACACGACGACGCAGAUCGCCUCCCAGCCGCAGGUCCAGGCUGAACUCUCGCUGCGCCUCACUCAGCUCCAAACCCGCCUGGCGUCCCUGAAGAUCGAAAACGAGGAGGUGAAAAAGACCUGGGGUGCCACUCUGACCACCCUGCAGGACAUGACGGUGUUGGACGACUGCGACGUCUCCCAGAGCUUCACCCACAGCCCGUCCUCCGAGUCGGUCAAGUCCAGCGUGUCGGACGGCUACCUGAACAAACCCAGCCUGGCCAAGAGACGAGCCAACCAGCACGAGACGGAGCUCUUCUACUUCAAUAAGUUUCGCGAGUAUCUAGAGGGCAGCAAUCUCAUUUCUAAACUCCAGGCCAAACAUGACAUAUUAAAGAAAGCCUUAGCUGAAGGAUAUAAAUCUGAACUGCUGACUACCAGUCGUGGGCGAAAGAACUCCCAUAGCAAGCACCAGGAUUCAACUAAAGCCAUACCCUUGCUUGUGGAGAGCUGCAUCCGCUACAUCAAUCUACACGGUCUUCAGCAUCAGGGCAUCUUCCGGGUUUCGGGGUCGCAGGUUGAAGUCAACGACAUCAAGAACUGCUUUGAGAGAGGUAAUGACCCGCUCAUCGACGAGGAGAGCAACCAUGACAUCAACUCCGUGGCCGGGGUGUUGAAGCUGUACUUCAGGGGUUUGGAGAACCCUCUCUUUCCCAAGGACAGGUUUAAUGACCUUAUCUCCUGCGUGCGGAUGGAAAACCUGUACGAGAGAGCUCAGUGCAUCAGGAAGAUCCUGCUGGGCGUCCCGAGGGCCACGCUGGUGGUGAUGCGCUACCUGUUCGCCUUCCUCAACCAUCUCUCCCAGUACAGCGACGAGAACAUGAUGGACGCCGGGAACCUGGCCAUAGUGUUCGGCCCCACCCUCCUGCCGACGCCCGACACUCUGGACCAGGUGGCCUGCCAGGCGCACGUGAAUGAGGUCAUCAAAACGGUCAUCCUGCACCACGACAACAUCUUCCCCGACACCAAGGAGCUUCCGGGCCCGGUGUACGAGAAGUGCAUGACCGGCGACCAGUACUGCGAGAGUCCGUUCAGCGAGCCGGGAGCCCUGGAGGAGACCGAGCCCGACGCCGGCACCGAGACCCAGACCAGCGACGAGGAGGGCGAGGCCGUGGAGGCGGUGGCCCGGUUCGACUACGUGGGGCGGUCGGGCCGCGAGCUCUCCUUCAAGAAGGGCGCGUCGCUGCAGCUGUUCCAGCGCGCGUCGCACGACUGGUGGGAGGGCCGGCACAACGGCAGCCGCGGCCUGGUGCCUCAUCAGUACAUCGUGGUGAAGGACAGGCGAGUGCACAGUCCCAAAUGGGCCGACGCCAUGUCGGACACGCUCAGUCAGAAAGCCGACAGUGAUGGAGGGAGCAGCAGCACAGAGGACAAGAGGUCCAGGAGCGAGCUGAGCUCCCCGACCGACAUCCGACCGCCGGAGAAUUUUAACAGAUCCUUGCAGAUGAGAUGUGUUCUCGUCUUUCCCGAUGCCAGCCACAGGAGAAAGCGAACCGACGGUCUCUUCCGCCGCCCUCUCUGCCGCUCCAACGACAACCACGGAAACGGAGGCGUGAUGGAGCGAAGCUCUCCGCCCGUCACGGGUCACUUCAGUCCCAGGGAUCUUCUACUGGGGCGGAGCCAGGGCAUGACCCCGCCCCUCGACAGCCCGGAGCGCCGGCGCCGCUCCGCCGCCGUGACCCUGACGGUGAGCCGCCACGAUUCGCUGCGGAGGCCGGAGGACACGCCCAUACGGCGCUCCAGCAGCGGCCAGCACAGCUUCAGCGACUCCCUUCGAUCCAGAGCGAUGGACGCCGAGGCGCUGGCACAGGACAUCGAGGAGACGGUGACCGUAGCUCUGGGCGAGCUCCGGCAGCUGGAGCGGCAGGGCUGCCGGCCGGCCCCCGAUGUGGUGCUGGACACGCUGGAGCAGGUGAAGAACGGCCCUGUUGCUACCUGCUCCUCCGAGUCCCCCAGCCCCCACAGCACACCUAGCACCCCGGGCACACCUGGAACACCGGGCACCCCUGGGACCCCCGGAACGCCCGGCACCCCGAGCCCCCUUAGCCCCGUAAGCCCAAUUAGCCCGCUACCCGGACCCCCCGCCGGGCCUCCCAGACCGGCCAACCCGUCCCCUGACGCCCUGGGCUCGUUCAAGCCUGUGGCAGCUGCCCGCAUGGGUGCUCCCCUGCGGCCCCCCGCUCUGAGACCGAAACCCGUGGUGCCCCCCAAGAGCAGCACCCCGCCCCUGCCCCCUCCGCUAGACAAAUCCUGCACCAUGUGAGCCAAACCAGGCCAAAAAGCCAGGCCGAAUCAGGCCUACCCGGGCCAAAACUGGGCCAGAAGAGGAGAUCAGGGUACCGCUUAAUGAUUCUAAUCAACGCGAAGGUAGAAAGGGUAGGGAAAAGGCUUUUAAUGUAGUAAUAAAUUAUAAUCUAUGACAUGACCUAUGAUAUGAUAUGCCAUGAUAUUUCUGUGUCGUCAGGUUGGUGUGUACUCUCUUGAUGUGUAGGAGUUUCCUUUCUCCAUGUAUCGAAGCAUUAAUCAAAGGUUAGCUAAAAAGAACUGCUGGUGAGGCGGAAAGAAAGUCCCGUUAACACGUAGUCUCGGUGAAGUGAAUGUUGUGUCCCCAAAGACACCCGCUGGCCGCCGCGUCCAGGACCCCCACGGGUCGGCAGGAGGACGGCGGCUCGACAGCGUGCGUGACUUCAGUUAAAGCGUUUCACUCGGUUUCAGCUGCUACGCUCACCCGGGCCUCUCAGAGGUCGCUCGGUGACACCCCCCCACCCCCAA